UACCACGGGCGAGAUCACUUAGUUGAAAAAAUGGACACAGAAAGUAGGAGCAGAGAAGAUCUCGCUCUCCCAGACCCGAAGUGGUCUCCCAGCGUGCCUGGAACUGAACGUCCAGACUCAUCUUUUCAUGAUGAAACCACCCAGGAGAUGCCUGCCUCGCCACCACGCCACACAUGGCUGACAUUUUUGCAGCAGGAGAUGGAAUUCCUGGGGGUAACACAAAUUCUGAUUGGCUUGGUAUGCCUUUAUUUUGGAACAUUUAUCUGCUCUGGGCUCAAUAUUUCAGAAUUUAAGGAAGACAUUUUUUCUUCAUUUAAAGCAGGCUACCCAUUCUGGGGAGCAGUAUUUUUUGCUAUUUCUGGAAUUUUGUCAAUUGUGUCUGAAAAGAAAAGAAACGAAACGUAUCUGUUGCAAGGAAGCCUGGGAGCAAACACUGUCAGCAGCUUAGCUGCCGGAGCGGGAAUCAUCAUGCUGAUCAUCAACCUGAAGCGGAGCAUUGCUUUUAUCGAUGAAUGCAAGAGAGAAUACACCUGCUUCUUGGCUUCUUUUUCCACUGAAAUUGUGGCCAUAAUCCUGUUUCUCACCAUUCUGGGGUUUUGCAGUGCUGUGUUGCUAACAAUCUACGGAGUUGGAGAACUACUCGAAAGAAAUAAGAUUCCAGAAGAUCGUCUUUAUGAAGAAUUAAACGUAUAUUCUCCAAUUUAUAGCGAGUUGGAAGACAGAGGGGAUAAACUCUCUCCUACUGAGUCUUAAGAAUUAAGAGCCUAGAACAUUUUCAUUCAUAGCAAAGGGUCCAGGCAACCAAGAUAUUGUUUAAGGAGCAACUGAAAAUUUUUCUGUUCUUUUUACAGUCUGCCACAUUUACAUUAUGAUUUAUUCUACUCAAGAUAAUAUAUUGCUUUUGUUGUUUCUGUUCAACUAAACCUCCUCCCCACCCCCACAUUUGUAGAUUUUUCUUGUAUUUCUUGUAUUUUUCUUGUAUUUCUUGUAUUUCUUAUUUUUCUUGUAUUCUCUGACUAUCUUCGGGGAAGUUAGCAUAUAUUAAGUGUUCAUUUACUGAGUACUUAUAACCGAGCAAAUAAGAUAAACCAAAGAGCGGUUGCUUGAGAGUUGAGUUAAACUUGGGUAAUUUGGUGUUAUUUUUUUCCUUCGCCCCUUCUUUUAGAAGUUCAUAAGAGCUAGAGAUGUAUACGAUAUCUAUACUAUUGGUACCUUAACAGGAAAUCCCAUUCUGCAAACAUGUGCUGAGAGCCGAUUAAGCAUUUGAAGUUAUCUACACAUGUCUUAAGCAUUUGAAGUUAUCUACACGUGUCUCCUUCACUCUGUGGAGUGUCAAAUGUUCCAUAUACUUUGUAUAUAAAAUGCCUUGACUCUCAAUCCAUUCAUAAUAUGCAUCCCCUCCCAAAUCACUUAUUUCAGGGUAAAGAGUCAAAGAGAACAAAGCUAUAGACCCACAGGUAAGGCAGAUAUUAAUAGGCAAUGACUUUAAAUAGCUAUGAUGACUAUGUACAAAAAAAAAUAGAGAAAAUAUGGAGUAUUAUUUUAGAUAAUUAGAACCAAUUUAAAAAAUCAAACACCAUAACACCAAUAAAGAAAUUGCCAAGUGAUUUUAAUAUCCUGUUAAGCACAGAUGACAGGAUGACAGAACUGGAAGACGGGUCAGUAGGAAUUAUUCAAAAGUAAGCACAAAGAGAAAAUCUUAAAAUGGAGAAAAACAGGAACGAAUACAGAAGAUUCUUAGGCCACAAGGAGAAGUUACAAAGUACAUAAUAUGUCUGUAAUUAGCAAAGGAAUUCGAAAGUCUUCUGUGGACUUUCUACUGUUGCUACUUGAAUUGAUGGGUUUUUACAUUCUGGAAGAAAUCCUUUUUUCAAAUGUGUAUAUCUAUGUGGUUUAUUUGUUUAGUUUUAAAGCUUUUGGAACAAUUGAAAUUCACUGACUCUUGGGGGUUGAGUUAUAUUUCAUUCUUACGAUGAAAGAACAUAAGAAGUAUGAUUUCAAAGAUUUAAAAUUUAUUGGAACUAAUUUGAAGACAAGAAAUAGUCUGCUUUGGUGAAUGAUACAUAUGUUUUUUAAAAAUGUACUCUGCAGCAUUUUUGCAGAGAGUUUUAAAGUUGCUUGUGUUGAGCAGAUGUGUUACAUAGUGAUGCUGAAAGAGAGCUGUUAAAAUUAUCAGUUAUAAUUGUGGAUAUUUCUGUUACUUUUAAUAUAUAUUUUGAAGCUCUGGCUUAAGAAUACAUAUUAAUGAUUGUUAUAAAUUCUUCAUAACUUGGCACUUUAUGACAUAAAAUAUUUGUGAUGACUAAUCCUUAAGUGAAGUCUGAUUUUUCUGAUCUUGAUCCUGGAUAUCCAUGCAAUCUCUUACAUGCUUAGUAAUAAUGUUUUUUGUAUUAGUUAUUAGUAAUAAUGAUUUUAAUAUCCUGUUAAGCACAGAUGACAGGAUGACAGAACUGGAAGACGGGUCAGUAGGAAUUAUUCAAAAGUAAGCACAAAGAGAAAAUCUUAAAAUGGAGAAAAACAGGAACGAAUACAGAAGAUUCUUAGGCCACAAGGAGAAGUUACAAAGUAACUUGUAAAUGGUUAAAAAAGUUUUAAUAAGACUAUCUCGAAAUAUUGUGAAAUCAUUCAUGUAUUAGUAUAAUGUGAAAAUGUCAAAAUCGCAAACUGAAUUCCUUUUCCUCUCAGACUUUUAGCUUUUUUCUUAUAUUUUCCUUACCCAUAGUUUAUAAACUGUACUGUGCCUUUGUAGGUAUAUUUCUUAGUCAAUUGACUUUUUAAAAAACUUAG